AUGUCGUCACAAGUCCCCAUUCGUAGGAAGUUGGUCAUUGUCGGUGACGGUGCAUGCGGCAAGACCUCCCUUCUUUGCUCGUUUGCGCUUGGCGAGUUCCCAAAAGAAUACGUGACCAUAUUCGAGAAUUAUGUUGCGGAGAUCAGGUUAGACGGCAAACCGGUGCAACUGGCGCUUUGGGACACUGCCGGACAGGAAGAGUACGAACGUUUACGACCGUUGUCAUAUUCCAAGUCACACGUCAUCCUCAUUGCAUUUGCUAUCGACACGCCGGAUUCACUGGACAACGUCACCGUCAAGUGGAUCGAAGAAGUACGUAGUAUAUGUGGACCGACGAUCCCAAUUCUUCUUGUUGGGUGCAAGGCCGACCUACGGCCGCCUCCUGACUCCCCUGAUAUCGGUAACUAUGUCUCACGUGCGCAGGCAGAGCGAGUUGCGAAUGAAAUCGGCGCUCGUGCGUAUAAGGAGUGUUCGGCACUGAAAAUCGAGGGCGUCGACGACGUGUUUGAAGCUGCGACCCGUGCGAGCAUGCUCAUGCGUGAGGGUGUGCCAUCGGCGUUGCACCAUAGGAGGAAGAGCAGUGGAAGGAGCGGCAUGGGCUCUCAUGGGGAUUCUGCUGGUGGGGGAUGGAAAUGCUGCGUCGUGUGCUGA